AUGAAAGUUCGUUCGAUUAAGAGGGCUGAAAUUCAUCCGGAGAAAUGCCAGAUUCAGCUAGAAGAAGAUGUGGAGCUUCGUUGCGUAGCGAGUGCCGAGAGUGGUGCGCAACAGACAGAAAGUGUUCCCCUGAAGCGAAGUGAAAGAAUUGCAGCCAAGAAAGCAUGCCGAGCAAAAGUGGACUGGACAUCGCAACCCAUCAGAAAAGUGCUGGAAAUGAUUGCAUCACGUGAGCUGACCGAAAAAAUGGGCACCGAAAUGGUGGAAUAUAAAAGUGGAGCUCAUGUAUCGCAAUCAGCUGUUCGAAGACAAGUUCGCUUAUUGCUUAGCAAGGAUGGGGGAUACAAUGCUGCCGCGAAAAAGAGUAAUUCUCGAGCAACAGCAACGGCGGUUCUUGAUGACCAGGGAGGCAGUAUUGGGGAUAUCGAUGAUGAUGACGAUGAUAACGAUGAUGUAAAGCCGAACGGGCUCGAAAGAACAAAAAAUGCGCGGAACGAAAUUCCGAAAAAAGAACGAAGCGCAUCGCCACCACCUAUUCCACGACAAGCACGCUCACUACGUCUAAGCCGCUCGUCGAUAGUAAUUCCGGAAAAAAAUGACCCCUCCAAAGUCCGUGUAUAUCGAUGUAGCGCCAGUGGCGAAAAUACAAGACGUUAUUUCGCACACAUAAAAAUGAUAGGUGGACAAAUAAUUGGCAACGCAUAUCCGGAACAUUUGCCGGAAUGCAAACCCGUCCCAAAGCAGGUGCAACAGCUCCAGGAAAUCGACCGUGCAUGUCGAGCAAGGAUCCAAUCGGGCAGUAUGACACCGGAAGCUGCCAGGAAAUUGGGAGCGGUGGUUGCGCAGAAGAAUCGUGAACUGAAGAAGCUGAUAAAUGAUGACGAUGCGUUUCCUGAUAAAUGGAAAUCACUUCCAAGAAAAUACAGUCGUUUAUGUCAUCAAGCGGAACGGCUGAAGAAGUACAGAAAUAGGCAAUUUUUAAGGUCAGUUGAAAUGAAAGAUCAUGUAGGAAAUAUUUUUUCCUGCCCUAUACCUCGUGAAAUCGAAGUGAUGGGUCAGCGAUUCAGGAAUCCGCCGCUGAUCAUAUUCGAACCAGGUGGCCAGGCAGCUCGCAUUUAUCGUAUCAAUGGCCGCUCAGACCGGCUUGGCAUUGUUUACUAUCGCUGCUCAAAAUGUGAUGUGAUCUGUCGCAGACGCAAAAAGAUGGGAGCAGAAGAGUCAGAACUUGUUCGAGGAACAGUAAAAGUCGAACAGGGCAAUGUUAUCGAUAAUAUGUAUCCGUCGCAUCACAGGGAAUGCGCGUUGCUUACUCUGGAAAUUGUCAAAGGCUUAGCGGAAGAGCUUGAACACUUCCUGUUUGCCAGGGAAUACGAAAAUAUUGUUUAUGAUUCGGCAACAACGGUUAUUUUUGCUUGCCCAUCCAAAUUGAUUUUCGUUUAUUUCUUGCCCUUUUUCAGCACUGCUUGGCUUUUGAGCCCACCCAGUAGCUGCUUUCAAGCAAAAGUGCCGAACUUGCCGUCAGCUCUUAAAUUUGCUACUUAA